AUGCCGCGUACUGAUGUGACCGUUUCUGGUAUCUCUUCUGGUGGUGCCAUGGCCGUUCAAUUACACAUGGCCUUUUCAAAUGACAUUAGUGGGUGCGGUAUUUUAGCAGGUCCUCCUUAUUAUUGUGCAGGAAAUUUUAUGACAGCUACGGCUUGUAUGAGUGGUCCAUUGAACUUUGUCACAGCCCCAGGUAUUUUGUUAAAACUGAAAUGGUAUGGUUCGAUGGGCAGUAUCGAUAAUGUUUCGAACAUCCAUGGUGAUCCUGUGUAUAUAUUCACUGGUAAAUAUGAUCUCGUUGCCCGACCCAGUACAGUCAAGAUAAAUGAAGAUGUCUAUUCCGAAUUGGGUGCGAAUAUCAAGACAAAUUAUGACAUGGCCGCUACUCAUGGAUUUCCUACAGAUAAUUUUGGAAAGAGUUGUUCAACUCUUAAUUUGGAGAAUUAUAUCAAUAACUGUGACUUCAAUAUGGCAUAUGAUAUUUUGAAUCAUCUCUAUGGUGGAAACCUAAUCAGACCAAAGAGUGGUACUCAAGUUCCAUUGAUUGGUCAAAUGGCUGUAUUCGAUCAGAAGGCAUUCAUGAAUCCACCUUCAUCAUUGAGUGAAAAUCACACACCGAGCUCGUCUCUGUUGAAAUGGAUCUCAGAAAGUAUGAGUUUGUAUACAACCGAUGACUGGGAUUGGCCUACGUCUGGUCUUGUUAAUUGGGAUAUUCUUGGUGCCACAACAGUACACACAAGACAACUCACUUCGCGAGCCUUAUCACACGGUUUUGAUCAAGAAGGCUUCAUCUAUUUUCCAUCCGCCUGUGCUCAAGGCCAGAAAUGUUCGAUUCAUGUUGCUCUUCAUGGCUGCCAGCAAGGAAAGCAUUAUGUUGAUGAUGUAUUUGCAACAAAAGCUGGCUAUUUGGAAGUUGCUGAACUCAACAACUUGAUUGUUGUUUUUCCUCAAGUGGCUCCAACAAUGUUCUUGCCAACGAAUCCGAUGGGCUGUUGGGAUUGGUGGGGAUAUAGUUCAUUGUCAUUUGCUACGAAAACAGCACCUCAAAUGGCUGGUGUCAAGAAGAUGAUCGACACGGUUCGCUUGAUUAAUCAAGCUAUGGUCGCCUCUGUCUAA